CCCUCUCCCCUCUCUCCUCACAGUGCCCAAGAAUUUCCCACAGGAGCUGAAGAGUUACACAGUGCAAGGCUUCCGUGUCAUCGCCCUUGCCCAUAAAACUCUGAAGAUGGAGAAGCUUUCAGACCUGGAACGUUUGGCGAGGGAGAAAGUGGAGUCGGAGUUGGCAUUCCUGGGACUUCUCAUAAUGGAGAAUCGCUUGAAGAAAGAAACAAAACCAGUGUUGAAGGAGCUGAGUGAGGCCCACAUCAGGACUGUGAUGAUCACAGGUGACAAUCUUCAAACUGCCAUCACUGUUGCUAAGAAUUCUGAAAUGAUUCCUGUGGGCAGCCAAGUCAUCAUUGUUGAGGCUAAUGAGCCAGGAGACCUUCUUCCUGCCUCUGUGACCUGGCAGCUGGUGGGGACCCAAGAGCCCAGUCCUGGGAAGAAGGAAACCUACAUCGAUAUCGGAAACAGUUCUGCACCUGGUGGGAAAGGGUACCAUUUUGCAAUGAGUGGGAAGUCAUACCAAGUGCUGUUUCAGCAUUUCUACAGCAUGCUGCCCAAAAUUCUGGUCAAUGGAACCAUUUUUGCAAGGAUGUCUCCUGGACAGAAAUCCAGCCUUGUAGAAGAGUUUCAGAAACUAAAUUAUUGUGUAGGCAUGUGUGGAGAUGGAGCCAAUGACUGUGGGGCUUUGAAAAUGGCUCAUGCAGGCAUCUCGCUAUCAGAACAGGAAGCAUCUGUGGCAUCUCCCUUCACCUCGAAAACAGCCAAUAUCGAAUGUGUGCCUCAUCUCAUCAGGGAGGGCCGAGCUGCUCUGGUUUCAUCCUUUGGCGUAUUUAAAUACUUGACCAUGUAUGGCAUCAUCCAGUUUAUUGGAACAUCACUUCUCUACUGGCAACUACAGCUCUUUGGUAAUUACCAGUAUCUCAUGCAAGAUGUGGCCAUCACACUGAUGGUCAGCUUAACAAUGAGCAUAAAUCAUGCCUACCCGAAGCUGGCUCCAUACAGACCAGCAGGACAACUGCUUUCUCCUCAGCUGCUACUCUCGGUCUUCCUGAAUUCCUGCUUUACCUGCAUUGUGCAGGUGUGUGCGUUCCUUUCCGUGAAGCAGCAGCCGUGGUACUGUGAGGUCUAUCAGUACAGUGAAUGCUUCCUGACAAAACAAAGUAAUUUCUCAACCAAUAUGAGUUUGGAGCAAAACUGGACUGGAAAUUCAACUCUGGUUCCUGCUUCUGUUCUGAGUUAUGAGAGCACCACUCUGUGGCCCAUCAUCACCUUCAACUGUAUCUCAGCAGCGUUCGUAUUUUCUAAGGGGAAACCGUUUAGGAAACCCAUCUACACAAACUAUUUAUUCUCACUUCUGCUGACAUCUGCUGCGGUUCUCACCAUUUUCAUUCUGUUCUCUGACUUUCAAGAUAUAUACCAAGGAAUGGAGUUCAUCCCAACCAUCACAUCAUGGAGAGUUUCGAUUCUGGUGGCAGCCUUUGUCCAGUUCUGUGUGGCCUUCUUUGUGGAGGAUGCCAUCCUUCAAAAUAGAGAGCUCUGGCUGUUUAUAAAGAAGGAAUUUGGAUUCUACUCAAAAAGUCAGUACAGGAUCUUGCAGAGAAAGCUGGCUGAAGAUGCUACCUGGCCUCCCACCGGCAGGACAGAUUAUGCAGAUGGUGGCAAAAAUGGAUUCUACAUCAACAGGGCUUAUGAAAGCCCUGAGCAGAUCCCCAGAGGGAAACUCGGACUGGGAGGGCAAGCUUCUGAACAGCACUUUUGGACCAGACUAUAACCUGAAUUGCUGCCCUGCUUGUUUCACAAUAUCGCCUUUUGUCCCCCAAACUAAUGGUCGUGGAGAGGUGAAAGCUGUAAACCCUUUUCUUCUCCCCAUCUAAGCACUCAAAGCACUUCAACAUAUGCAGCCUGGCAGCAAAGAACCUUGCAUUCCCUGUAUCCUUCACUAGUGAGAGAAAAGACCGCAUGUCUCAGGUCACCAUCGUAAUCAACUAUAUUCAUACUGUACUUUCUUUUUUAACUGCACAGCUCUCAUGCACUGAAAUUAGAUGUACGGACAUCAAGUGAGAAGAAAAAUCGAGGAGCAUUUAGAAUUUGAAAGUUGGACUGAUGCAUUAUUUGAUGUUAAGUUUCCUUAAUCUUAGGUUAAUUUGUGAAACACAUUAUUAUAAAUGUCUUGGCCUGAGAUCACUAAAUUCCUUCUGUUGUUGCAUCUUUGAUAUGGCUUCAAUAGAGAGAGAAAAAAAGAAUGAAUAAUUCUAUCCUAACUGCACAGGAAGCCAGGGUGUAUGAAAGUGGAAAAUGAAAGAGAUUGGUCUGUGUUAAUCAUUUAUAAUCAUGGUAUGGGCUUUGCUAAAAUGUAAGCAAACUACACUAACUCUGUAUAUUGUGAAAGUUUAUUGUAUGGGGCCAGUGAACUUGACAGUUCAGAGUAGACCAAAAUAAUAAAAUAAACUGUUCAAAUGGUUUUUUCACUUUA